CGGAUGUCGUCUCCUCUGACCGGAUGGUGCUUGUGUAAAGGAAGUUUUGUUUUGCGAGUUUUCCGUCCGUCUCGACUGACUGAGUAUUUAGUUAAUGUUCUCAAAAGAACACGAAAUGAAAUUAGUGUGAAGUGCAUCACCGGUGACCAUUAAAGUAUUCAAAGGGAGGGUGAAAGCUUAAGCUGUUUGAAACGGCGGAACGCAACACUUCAGAGUAACCCGAGAGCACCUUGCUGCUAAGCUAACGUUACCGAGCUAGUUAGCGCGGCUAGCGCCAGCCUCUGGUCUGCGUUGUGGUGAAGGGGCUCUCCGAGCUAACGAAGCCAUGGGGAACCGGGGCAUGGAAGACCUGAUUCCCCUGAUCAACAAGCUUCAAGACGCUUUCAGUUCCAUUGGCCAGAGUUGCAAUUUAGACCUCCCUCAGAUCGCUGUGGUCGGUGGACAGAGCGCCGGAAAAAGCUCGGUCUUAGAAAAUUUUGUUGGCAGGGACUUUCUUCCACGUGGAUCAGGCAUUGUUACCCGCAGACCUCUUAUUUUGCAGCUGGUCAACAAUAAAGCAGAAUAUGCCGAAUUCCUGCACUGCAAAGGAAAGAAGUUUGUGGAUUUUGAUGAAGUGCGGUCGGAAAUUGAGGCAGAGACCGACAGGAUAACGGGCUCCAACAAAGGCAUCUCUCCCAUCCCAAUUAACCUGAGAGUCUACUCCCCACACGUGCUGAACCUGACCCUGAUCGACCUUCCGGGGAUGACUAAAGUCGCCGUAGGAGAUCAGCCAGCAGACAUCGAGCACCAGAUCAGAGAUAUGCUGAUGCAGUUUAUCACUAAGGAGAGCUGUCUGAUCCUGGCAGUCACCCCUGCCAAUACUGAUUUGGCCAACUCGGAUGCUCUGAAGAUCGCCAAGGAAGUGGACCCACAGGGUAUGCGUACCAUUGGCGUUAUCACAAAACUGGACCUGAUGGAUGAAGGGACGGAUGCAAAGGACAUCCUUGAAAAUAAACUGCUGCCACUGCGUAGAGGUUACAUUGGUGUAGUGAAUCGCAGUCAGAAAGACAUCGAUGGAAAGAAGGACAUUCGUGCUGCUCUGGCUGCAGAGAGAAAGUUCUUCCUGUCUCACCCUGGUUACAGACACAUAGCAGAGCGCAUGGGCACGCCACAUCUACAAAAGACACUUAACCAGCAAUUGACCAACCACAUCAGGGAUACCCUGCCUGGUCUGCGCAGUAAGCUGCAGAGUCAGCUCCUCUCUCUGGAGAAGGAGGUGGAGGAGUUCAAGAACUUCCGUCCAGAUGACCCAACACGGAAGACCAAAGCCUUGUUGCAGAUGGUGCAGCAGUUUGGUGUGGACUUUGAGAAAUGUAUCGAGGGCUCUGGGGACCAGGUGGACACCAAUGAGCUAUCGGGUGGUGCCAAGAUCAACCGCAUCUUCCAUGAACGCUUCCCCUUCGAACUAGUCAAGAUUGUGUUUGACGAGAAGGAGCUGAGGCGGGAGAUCAGCCAUGCAAUCAAGAAUGUCCAUGGUGUCAGAACGGGGCUCUUCACCCCUGACCUGGCCUUCGAAGCGAUUGUCAAAAAGCAGAUCCUCAAACUGAAAGAGCCCAGCCUCAAAUGCGUGGACCUUGUGGUGUCCGAGCUCACCGCACUCGUCAUGAAGUGUGCCGUUAAGCUCAAUUCCUACCCCAGACUGCGAGAGGAGACUGAGAGGAUUGUCACCACCCACGUCAGAGAAAGAGAAGGGAAGACCAAGGACCAGGUUCUGCUGCUGAUUGACAUUGAACUGUCCUACAUCAACACCAACCAUGAGGACUUCAUUGGCUUUGCGAAUCUUGACUACAGAAGGCUGGAUGAUGGUAGCCCCCCAGGGUACGGCAACAACAGUGCUCAGCAGAGGAACACAGCUGCAAACAAGAAGAGGGCCAUCCCCAACCAGCUUCGCGGACUAGGAGAGGUCCAUGAAGAAAAGGUGAUCAGGAAAGGCUGGCUAACCAUCAACAUCAGCAUCAUGAAAGGAGGCUCCAAGGAAUACUGGUUUGUCCUGACCGCCGAGUCCCUGUCCUGGUACAAAGAUGAGGAGGAAAAAGAGAAGAAGUAUAUGCUGCCUUUGGACAACCUGAAGCUCAGAGAUGUUGAGAAAGGCUUCAUGUCCACAAAGCAUAUCUUUGCCAUCUUCAACACUGAACAGAGGUCAGGGUCAUGCUGUAAAGCAGACAUGCUUGUUGACUGCUGUGAAUGCGUUCAUUUCUUUAUCUUGAUGAUUUUGUAUGCCGGCGUUUCCUUGUGUUUUGGAGUCAGGCUUCACUCACAAGCGGUCAUGUUUGUUAUUUAUCUGUACAGAAACGUGUACAAGGAUCUUCGCCAAAUAGAACUGGCCUGUGAUUCUCAAGAGGAUGUGGAUAGCUGGAAAGCUUCGUUCCUCAGGGCAGGAGUUUAUCCGGAGAAGGACCAGGUGGAGAAUGAAGAGGCUGCCCCUGCAGACACGUUCUCUAUGGAUCCUCAGUUGGAGCGGCAGGUGGAAACCAUCCGCAACUUGGUGGAUUCUUACAUCGGCAUCAUCAACAAAUCCAUCAGAGACCUCAUGCCCAAGACCAUCAUGCAUCUCAUGAUCAACAGUGCAAAGGAUUUCAUCCACUCAGAGCUCCUGGCCUACCUCUAUUCAACCGGGGACCAGAACAGCCUCAUGGAGGAGUCAGCUGACCAGGCCCAGCGUAGAGACGAAAUGCUGCGCAUGUAUCACGCACUCAAGGAGGCGCUGCACAUUAUCGGCGACAUCAGCGCCAACACGAUCUCCACCCCUGUACCGCCACCUGUAAAUGACACCUGGUUACAGGAAGCCAGCCCAACCCCUCAGCGCAGGCCGCCUCCUGCAGCAGCUCCGCCUCCCAGCCGUCCACCUGCAGUUCGGGGCCCAACACCAGGACCACCUAUGAACCCUUCCCCUGCCUUUGGAGCUCCACUUAAUCCCUCUCCUGCCUUUGGUGCACCCCCAAUCCCCUCCCGCCCAGGACCACCGGUCAAUGCCUUUCAGGAUCCCUUCAGUGCACCCCCACAGAUCCCCUCCCGGCCAGCCCGCGUCCCACCCGGUGUACCCAGCCGAAGACCCCCUGGUGCUCCCUCUCACCGGCCCACCAUUAUCCGCCCUGCAGAGCCCUCCCUGCUAGACUAGACCCGUGGCCGAACCCACCUAAUUGUGUGUGUUUGUGCGUGGAUGUGUGUGUCUGCACACUGUAGGCCAGGGACGGGGGCUUGAGGGGAGGGGCUGAUGGAGUACAUAACGUGCACUGUCCAGCUGUAUUGAUAUGCCUAUUCAAGCAAUGUUAAUAAGCUGCUAAUACUGUCUUUGUAAGUGCAUGUGAAAGAAUCCCGUAACCACUUGACUAUUACAUUGGACUGAGAUCGAAGAUAAAAUGAAGCCCAGCUGAUCUAUGUGAUGCAUUAAGCCUCUAUCAGUAGGAGAUGUAUCAACUUCUGUAGGUUUAUUUCCUACAGAAUAUAUUUCCUGGCAAGGAUCCUGGCAGAAAUACAUAAAUAACUUAUUACCUGGUACAGGCUGGCUUCCUCUCCCCUCCCUCUCCCUUUUUAAACUGGCCCAGAUGCUCAAGUCGAGAUCUGUGUAAUAUACACACUUAACCUGUUGUUAAUGUUUUACUGGGUUUUCAUAUCCUAACUGAUUUCAUACUGAAAAACAAUAGCGUAUUAUCACUGUUGUUAUUUUUGGUGGUGUCGAUUCUAGUUUUUUUUUCUUCUCCUUGUUAUUUUAUUUGAGUGACUUUGUCCUUUUUAAUGACCGUUAUAAAUGUAGCUUUAAAAUGAAAUGCUAAUCGCAGCAGAGACAAAGCGGAAAAAGACACAGGGUUGCAUGAGCCCGAAAGAGUAGCUUCAGCUCAUCCUCUGUUAAUUACCCCCCCCCUCCACAAUGAAAAGAUGUCAGCCAGAUUGACCGUUAUAACCCGAGCACUUCUAACCAUCUAGCCUUACAAGAAGCCACUUUUAACAGGGAUGUUGUCAUUUACCAGAACACUAUGCACAAAAACCCAGGAGAGCAAAGUAGUUAGAUGGACUAAAGGCUGUCUGUGAAGCUUUUGUCCACUAAUUCUGAGUUGGUAAAAACUUGUAUUUUAAUCCCUUUAUUCUCAGUUGAAUCCAAUGAGUCCUACCGCCUUUGAAUAUACUGUUAAUUCUUGGAUUAGCUGAUUUAAACAGAACAAAGCACAUAGUACAGUUGUUGUUUUUUUUCCUGCGAGAUGAUGAAACUUUGUAAGCAGUGGGGUGUAUAGAUGAGGAAGGUAUAGAGAUGGUAUUAAACAUAGAGGAGAUGUCACAUCUCUUUCUGGAUGCAAUUUUCAUUUAUUGUUGCUUUCAUUUCUGCUUCCAUGCUUUAAAAAUCUCACUGUACAUACUUGGCCUAUAUUGGGGAGUUGGCAUGUAUCAUUUUAUUGCAGAGUUGGUGAAAAAUAACAUUCUGCUGAUGUGAAAAUGCAGCUGUAGAUUUCAAAAUAAAGGAAGCACUAACAGCAUCAUUUCAUAGAUUAGACUUCAGUGUAAGAAAAGAGAUUGGUCAUCUCCUCAUGCAUUAUUUAUAACCAGGGCAUUUGUCAUUUCUUUUGAUGUUUCUUCUUGUAUCAGCUCAGUGCGACUAUGUUGUACUCCGCUCCCCUGCUUCUCCUGGAUUAUUGUUUGGGUUUUUCUGCUACAGGGAUUAGCCGUCUGAACAUGUUGGGAGCAGACUUGGCUCUCGGCAUACACAGCUGUGAUUAUUUGCUGAUGUUUAUCUUUUGAUUGCUCUUUGAGGGUAUUUGACCAUUUAAAACAAUUUUUCUUGAGCAUUUUUUUAGGCAUUUAGUGGAAAAUGUAUGACGGUGGGAGUGAGGUUGGGCUACUUGGAUGUUUUCUGUAUUUGGUUUGAUCAGUAGUGGGUGGUGGGAGUUGUGGUGUAUGAAGGCACAUCCUGUCUAGAGAAAGCUCCCUGGGCUUUCCUCCAUAUAGAGGACGGAGAAUUAAUUGGCCAACCUAAAAAGAUUUUUUUUAAAAAUCUGUCAACAACUCGAAUUGUCCAAACAUGCAUCGACUCUUAAUACAGUAUGUGCUUUUUCUUCCCUUCUCCGGGUUGGGCUUUUUAGUGACAGUGCAGAAAAACAUCUCAAAUUAGUUCUUCUGCAAACACAAAAGUUUGUCAAGCCUCUUAUUGGGCCAGAGAUAUUUCUAAUUCCUGUGUGCCUGUCACUUCAGCCUGCCCUAGAGAAGCCCAGACUGUUAAACCCCUGUGGUACAUUAGGCUGUGGGAAUACUGGCUUUCUCCCUCAUGGAUGUACCCUGCCUCCUUCCUUUUUCCCCUCCCCUCUCUGAAUCCGGAGGACGGGUCGGAAACCAACCUGCAGGAAUCUUUCUGUUUUGCAAACCCUUGUCAAGUGCCUCUGUAGCAAUUAAUCAAUUUGAAUAAACAUCAUGACCUGAUUUAGAAUGGAGAGUAAAUAAAGAGGUGUUGUGUACAAUAAAGGGACUGGCUCUGG